AAGUAAAUUGAGGCGAGUUCCAUUUCAGCGCCUCCCCAAUCCCCGUAUUGUCCCUAUCCUUAUUAGUUGAUCCCUAGGACAAUCACAGCAGACGACCGCCGAGGGGCCACACGCAGCAGCAGACCAGCGCCGGUCCCAGCCCCAGCCCAGGACCCAGCUCAAGCCCAAGCUGCAGACCAAGCCCCGUCCCUCGCUGUAGCGUAACUCCCGUCCCUCGCUGAAGCACAACCCCUGUCCCUCGCUGAAGCACAACCCACGGACGAAGCCCCAGCCCCUGGUGCUGCCAAGCAGAAGGAGGGGGCACUGCAGCACAGCCUGCCGCCGAGCUGCUGAGCGGCACAUGGGUUGAGCCACAUGCGGCAGCGGCCGCAGCGGCCUCUGGCGCCGGCGGCCGUGUUCAUCGUGUUCGGUGACACGCAGCCGCCGCCGGCGGCAGCAGCGGUGGCAGCAGCCGGUAACGCGCAGGCUAGGGCCACCAGUGGCAAGCCAGGCGCUCAGGGCGGCGGCGGCAGUGACAGCUGUAGGACGCGGGGUGGGGCCGGCGGUCCCACCUGUGACACGGCGGGGCUGGCAAUUACUGCUGCUGGCGCCGCCACCGCCAGCGGGACCCCGUGCCGCUGGCUGCUGCCCACCCAGUCCUGCUGCUGGGGGGCGGCGGCGGCGCUGUGUGUCACACACGGGGCCCGGCUGGUGGACCUCAGCGGUGGCGGUGGCACGCCGCCGCCACCCAGCAGCAGCAGCAGCAGCAGCAGCAGCAGCAGCAGAGACAGUGACAGGGGCGGCUGUAGCAGUGACAGGGGCGGCUGUAGCGGCGGCGCGGCUGGCGCCAGGCCAGGGAAGCGGCCGCGGACGGCGAGUGAGGAGGCGGGACGCUGCAAGGCGGGGCGGGCAGGCGACGACGACGAUGAUGGUGACGGCGGCAGGGAACACGAAACGGCGGAUGAGGGCGGCACGGGCGCAGCACCAGUUGCAGCAUUAGCAGCCGCAGUAGCCCGCAGUGGCCCCACCGGCUCGGGGCCGGCGGCGGCAGGUAUGAGCUGUGCGGCGGGUUGGGGCGUCGUGUUGCUGGCGGCGGAAGCGGCGGCGGCGGUGGAACAGGAGUGGAAGGCGGCAGCGGUGACGGAGGUGGCGGCACCUGCGGCGGUAGCAGCAGUGCGGGGGGCGGCUGCGCCGGCGGCAGGUGGAGAGACAUCGCCCGGGCGCCUCCUGUGGUGGCGAGCCGGAGGCGGAGACGGCGGCGGGGGAAAUGGAGGGGUCAAUGGAGGCGGGAAUACAGACGGCGAGUGGGCGCGGCUAGCUGUGCCGCCACCGGUGGAGGACGUGGAGGUGGUGCAGGUGGCGGCAGGCGAGGUGAAUGGGCUGGUGCUGCUGCGAGAUGGGGCGGUGUGGGAGCUGAGGGUGCCGCCGCCACCUGUGGAUCCAGAGGCGGCGGCGGCGGCGGCGGCGGCAGCAGGGGGGGCGCAGGCGGGUGGCACUGGCGGUGGCGGCGGCAGCGGUCCCUGCUGGAGCACUGCUGUGUGGCCACCAGAGGCGGCGGCGGCGGCCCCGUUGCUGCGGCCUGUGCUGCUGGAGGUGGCGAUACGGCAGGUGGCUUGCGGCGCGCGGCACUGCCUGGCACUGGACGGCGGUGGCGGCGUGUGGGCGUGGGGGUGGAACUCGUACGGCCAAUGCGGCGUGGCGGCGCCGGCGGAGGGCGGCGCCGCGGGGCGGCGGGGGGACGUGGCGGCGGCGGUGCGGGUGCAGGGCGGGGUGCUGGGCGGCGUGCCGUGUGUGUGCGUGGCGGCGGGGCUGGCGCACUCGCUGGCGCUGACGGAGGCGGGACAGGUGGCUGCAUGGGGCUGGAACGACGCGGGGCAGUGCGGCCCCUCACAGCAGGAGCAGGAGGAGGAGCAGUGGAAGCAACAGCAGCGGCAGCAGGGCGUUAGCACCGCCGGUAGUGGUGGUGGUGGUGGUGGUGGUGGCGGCGGUGGCGGCGGCGGCGGCGGCGGUGGCGCGCGCAGCUUCUCCGCUGUGCCGCGCUGUGUCAACAUCCCCCCUCCUCCUCCCCCUCCGCUGCCGCUGCGAGGGCCCGGCGCGAAGGCGGAGGGUCGUGGGCGCGCGCGCGAGGGAGAGGAGGAGGCGGGCUGGCGUGGGACGGGCGACAGCAGAGAUGGCCCUGAUAAUGAAGAAGAUGAGGAGGAGGAGGAGGAGGGCGAGGAGGAGGACGUGGUGCAGGUCAGCUGCGGCGGCCGCCACAGUCUGGCGCUCACCUCCAGCGGCCGGCUGUGGGGCUGGGGCAGCAACAGCCGCGGACAGCUGGGACCGGCAGUAGCAGGCGGCGGCGGCGGCGGCGGCGGCGGCGGCUGGCCGAGGCAGCUACUGCCGCUACUGCCGCAGGUGCCGCUGCGGCCGCCAUGCCCACAGGGCACAGCUGCUGCCGCUUCUGCCGCUACGGCGCCCGGGCACCAUGGCUCAGGAUCAGCAGCGGCGGCAGUAGCAGCACCGGCAGAGGCAGUAGCGGCGGCGGCGCCGGCAGUAGCAGUGGAGGCGGCAGUAGCGGCGGCAGCACCGGCAGUAGCAGUGGAGGCAGAGUGGGACGUGCGGCGCUGCCGGGUGGUUGUGCACGUGGGAGGGCGGCUGCGGGUGCAGCAGGCGGCGGCUGCGAGGCGGGGCUGGCUGGCGGCGGUGGCGGCCGCAGCCGGAGUGGGGGCGGGGGGCCGUGCGGCAAGACCGGCAGUAGCUGCUGCUGUCCCGGAGGAAGGGGAGGAAGAGGAGGAAGGGGCUGGUGUGGCAGAGGUCGGGGUGGAGGCGCCGGCAGCGGCGGUGCGGCCCAGCGGGCUGCGUGUGUGUGAGGUACAGGGCGGGUGGUGCCACACAGUGGUGCGGCUGGCGGGGUGGGAGGCGGGGGAGGCGUGGGCGGCGCCGGACGGCGGCACAUAGUGCGUGUGCGUGUGUUAAAGAGCACAAGGAAUGCAAAGCGCAAGGACAGUGUAUGCGAUGCAGCAACGCGACGGCCUACGGAUGUUGCCUGCGCAUUGCAAGCUCGUCGCUCAUUAUGGUCAUGCAGAAGGAAGCUUCAGUUGGCUCGCGCUGAGCGUUCUGGAGAAUAGGAAAGCUAUGCGCGUUGCAGCUGUAUGUAACAAUACAACUAUACAAGUGCACGAUAGCCUGUCGCGGGAGUAGUGCCACAGCGACCAGCCCGAAUGCGGCGUGGCGACGGUUGGCACUGGAUAGCAAGUCCCCGCCCCCUCGUGCCUGCACGUGCGGGCAAAGGCAACAUCAAUUCGGGGAGGGGGCGCAAGUGAACGCACAGGAUGCGUGCGCUACCCCUCGAUCUAGCUCAGCUUGGCCUUGGGCUUGGCCCUGUUCGCAGCCUUGGAUGCUGCCCCGAAUGCCGCCCCGUCCUGUACAGCGGCGCUCCACUUCUCCAGCACAACGAGGAUAUUGCAAGGGUGCUAUGCAGUAUGUUCCAUGCUGACGGGCAUGCCAACCACACAUGUGCUAGGCAUUGGUGCGUUAAGGGGGGAUUGUCGCGUGCCGUGCAGGGUGAGGCGGGCGUCAACCAGCCCGACUACGUAAUCCGGUUUCGUAAUCCCGCCCCAAGCCGCUUGAGUUAUCUGCUCAAGCACUCAUGAAGCGGUUGCUUUGCGCACUGAACUUUAGAUUUUGGACUGUGUCAAAAAUCAGGUUUGGGGGCGCCAAUGGGGCUGCCGAGUCCGGCCCAUGCGCGGGUGGGGACAUGGUGGCAGGGUUGGUUAGAGUAAGGGGUGUUGGUUUAAUUUUCAAGUGGUGUUUUAUUUACAGUCCCUCUAGCGGGCUUCACGGCGGGCCGAGACGGGUUCAGAGCCGCCACGCGUUGGGCCAGUGUGCCAAGAGUAGGAUCGAGUUAAACGU